AUGAACGCACCUAAUACAGUCUUGCGCAGUCUGCGCUUGUCAAGACAGAUCCCCCGGUGUACAAGACUCACAAAUGCCCCGUCAAGGAGACAAUUCACAUCAUCCUUCUUCCGUCGCAAGCAACAGCCAUCAGCCGACGAUCCAGAAUUCGUCUCUAUUCUCGACGGCCCUCCAAAGCUUGUCCGUGUUGGAAAACGCCAUGGCCCAGGUCUAAUCAUCCUCGCUAUUAUCCCCAUCACAGCCUUCAUCCUCGGAACAUGGCAAGUCCAGCGUCUUGGCUGGAAAUCCGAACUUAUUGCCAAAUUCGAAGACCGACUGAUCCGCGACCCUCUACCCCUCCCACCAACCAUCGAUCCCGAUGCCAUCCAUGACUUUGACUAUCGCCGUGUGGUAGCGAAAGGCCAUUUCCGACAUGAUCAAGAAAUGCUCAUCGGACCGCGUAUGCGAGAUGGUACAGAUGGGUACAUGGUAGUCACACCAUUGGAGCGAGAGAACGGCACGACAAUUCUCGUGAACCGAGGCUGGAUCGAUAAGAAGCACAGGGACAAGAGGACCCGACCUGAUGGACUGCCGACGGGUGAGGUCACAGUGGAAGGACUUCUAAGGGAGCCGUGGAAGAAGAACAUGUUUACACCGGAGAACCAGCCCGAGAAGGGCAUGUUUUAUUUCCCGGAUGUAAAGCAGAUGGCUGCUUUAACCGGUAGCCAGCCUGUCUGGGUUGAGGCUACUAUGGAACCCGAGUUCAUGCAAAUGGUCGACUUCGAGGCUCGCGGUAUUCCCUAUGGCCGACCUGCGGAGGUAAACCUGCGAAACAACCACGCCCAGUAUAUCUUUACCUGGUAUGGCCUUGCUGUCGCAACAUCCAUCAUGCUUUGGAUGGUAGUCAAAAAGCCUGCAAACGACGUCGCUCGUCGUGUAGCCCGCUCAAAGGGCCUGUAA